UUCACAUUCUUUGCGCAAACUUGGUCUCCAUGGGCGGGCGCGUAUAUGGGGACCUAACAGGACCAUGCGGAUGAUUUUCUUGACCACAGCUCUUAUGGGUCUCCAGUUCACUUGUAGGUACCAGGCCAGGGCUGUGCCUCCCAAAUACCAGGAAUAACCUGCUUCCACAAUCGAUGAUAUCAUUUCUGAACAUCAGCUACAUCAGCCCGGCGUGGAAAUUGAGUUGGUUUAUGCUCUUGUGCUCAAUAGUUGGUAUGUCAGUGCGCUCACCUGGCGAAUGUUGCAAUCUUAUAGGGUCUAUCGAGAUGGCCUACGGAACACCUUUCCUGCUCCAGCUCGGCCUCUCCAAAUCACUCAUGUCACUAGUCUGGCUGGCUGGGCCACUCUCCGGACUGGUGAUGCAGCCUGUCGUCGGCGUGCUAUCGGAUCGAUGCACAUCCAAGCUUGGAAGGCGGCGGCCGUUUCUCAUAGUUGGAGUCGCCGCCGUAGUCGUAUCCUUCCUCUGCCUUGGAUGGUGUAGAGAUAUCAUAAGAGGAAUCUUUGGCGCCGACUACGAUAACUUGGAGAAUGCAACAAUUCUUAUGGCAGUAGGAGCGAUAUACAUUCUGGAUUUUGCGAUCAACUGCGUGCAAGCAAGCUGUAGGACAUUGAUCGUGGAUAGUCUACCGUCUUCACAGCAGGAAGCAGCAGCAUCAUGGGCGAGUCGAUUGAUGGGAAUUGGCGGUAUCUUUGGAUACUUCAUGGGCAACGUUAAUCUCCCGCAAUUCAUCCCAGCCUUUGGUGACACGCAGAUCAAGGGACUCUGUAUCAUUGCUUGCCUGUUUUUGAUCCUCACAGUUGGAUUGACAUGUUUAACUGUCACUGAGCGAGUCAUGGUUCGAGCGGCAAAGACUUCAGGAUCAUCGCUCGAUGAGACUUUGCAGGGAUUCAAACUAGUGCUUCGAGCAAUUCGCUAUCUACCAACCAGGAUUCAGCAGCUGUGCAAUGUUCAGUUCUUUGCUUGGAUGGGAUGGUUCCCGUUUUUGUUCUACUCUUCGACUUAUAUCGCUGAAAUCUAUACCCGCGAACAGACAGAGAACGGGAACCCCGUCGAACCCGAUUUACCGGCUGGUCAGGAUCCAGUGAAUGGCGUUCAGGAUGCAGCAGUGCGAGCCGGAUCGUUCUGCUUGCUUAUCUACUCGAUCGUGUCGCUCGGAGGGUCCAUCAUACUGCCACUUUUUGUCAGUUCCGCGGACCAAAUUUCCACUGGAUCUCAUGGACCGUUCUCAAACUCGAGGUCGACCAGUGCAUCAGAAAAUGAACUCGGGAGCAUGAAGCGAUUAUCUAGAUGGCGUAGGUUGCGGUUGCCAAGAUGGCUGAGCCUUCCUAUUCCUGGGCUGACUCUACCCAAAAUGUAUACGAUGUCGUUGGCGUUGGUCUCAUUUGCCUUAGUGAGCACUUGGUAUAUACAUGAUUUGCAGGGAUCCACCAUCCUGUUCGCUUGCUGCGGUGUCGCAUGGGCCAUUACAAUGUGGGCACCAUUCUCGAUUUUGGGCGAAGUCAUUUCACAACAGAUGCAGGAAGAGCAGCAUCAGGAUCGUCUCCGUGGGACAGGCCAAUCUCAGCGAGGAGAGAUGGCGGAAGUGCUAUAUCAAAAAGAUGACGAGGGCGAGGGUGAAGACGAAGGCGAGGAGAUCAGGAUGAGCGAGAGUGGUCGCGGAAGGCAGUACCAGCCCGUACGGGCACGCGAGAGUCUAGACGAGCCGGUUACCGUUGCAGAAUCGAAAUACAAGAGUAGUCGGCCGGGGGUAUCGAACGCGGACUCUUUCCGAAACCGGACGAGUACACCAUCGCCCGCAGCUGUCGAGGGACAAUCGUUCGCCGUGGGUGCCUUAGGAUGGACAGUAUCUUCAGAUCAGGAUAAGCCCGAGGCACGUUUGGACACAAAUUCUGAGACGGAUGCUACGAGCGACGACAACUAUGAGAGCGGGGAUGAUGAUCGAAGGUUGGUCCAGAAGCGCAGUAAUCAUUCUCGCUCUUCACGGUGCUCCUCUCAUUCUUCGCAUUCCCACAAUGGUUCUACCACGGACACGCGGCGUUCCAGGACAUACUCUCAUGAACAUCGUCGUGAGCAGCGCAACGCUAACGGACAUGGCCGUGGUACUGGUGGCGCUGGCCGCACAUCUUCACGAACUAGUCACUCGGAACCACCGUCCAUAUCUGCACAGUCGACAGUUGAGGUCACUUCAGCGGGCGCGUUGCUUGGUAUCCACAACAUUUACAUUGUGCUGCCUCAGUUCCUGGUCAGCUUUCUGAGCAGCCUGGUGUUUGCGGCUAUCGAACCCAGGGCAGAUGGAGCUACAGAAGGAGAGUUAGACCAGCCAGGUAACCCGGAGACCAUUGGCGUGAUGCUUCGGAUUGGUGGUAUCAUGGCCGGGAUAGCAGCGUUGCUUAGCCUGAAACUGUGGAAGCAACCGCGGACCGUUGCUCCACUGUGAAUGGGGUUUCCUUCCAAAUAAAAAAGGAAAUCUACGUGGAUGCCAACUAUAUAGCAUUUCAACUCAAACUUAUGCUGGCUGAUUUUGAAGAGACUGACAUAUAUGAGGUUGAAGGAGUCUUGGCUAUCGGGACAGUAUCAUCUAAGCAGGAAUUUGAAUUUAUUGAGUGUCGCUACAUCACUGAGUACUGAAUAGAGUACUAUGCUAAACAGGCUGCAAAUAAUAAAAACGCCUCUAAACGACUACAACC